AUGACUGUGGAAGAGAUGGAGUGCGACGACGACGAUGAAGAUGAGUGGGUGAAAAUCUGGAAAAUCGAUGAGCCGUCGAGUCUGACGAUUGAAAAUUUAAUGUCAAGCUGUUUCAAGAAACUUGCCGAGAGAGUUGGCGAAGAAGAAUCGAAGACAAUCUGUUUUGACAUUAUCUUCAAUGAAGACGAAUGCUUUCGAAUCGAUUCGUUGAAGAUGACAAAUUUUCAGCUCAAUAAUCUUCUCAAAAGAGCGAACAUAAAAUUACCCAAGAAAAGAGCAAUCAAAAGGAAGAAGACCGAAUUGUCUGUCAGUGUCAACAAUCCUGCGGUCAACGUUGAGCCAGACGAAUCUGCAACUUCGUCGAAGAACGCACAGACUUCUUGCCAAGUGAGAAAACCACUUUCUGGCUUGGGUGUUCUUUUCAAAAGCCGAAAACUGCAGAAUGAAUUUUACAAACGUAGCUCUGAUUUUCUAAAGGAAAGAGCGCUAAAUAUCAAAAUGACUCUCUCCAGUCUUGACAAAACGAGCCCAUGCGAUUCCUUUUGUCAUUUUCUUCCCGCAAAACCAGGAUCUUUCGACAAGCUGAGCACUUUGAUGAUGUCGACUUUGAUGACAACAAUUCUGGCUGAUAUCGUCACAAAGGAACCAGAGAAUUUCUUGGACCCUGAAAAGAUAGCUGCGAAUACAUAUGAUCUCAUUCUUCUGAUGAAUAACGCAAUCGGUCGAGAAAAUGGCCAAAACCCGAUCGAUGGAUUUAACCUCAACAAUAUCUUGUCAGUCCAGAAAUCAGCCUAA